AUGUUUACACCUCAUGUGAUUUGUUUGGUCGUCGUCCUUUCGAACGUUCACUACACUCACGGACAAGCCACAUUCCUCGAAACCUUUACACCACUGUAUCGACUGUAUCGUUACAUAGGUUUCGACUUCAUUGGAAGGACUGAUGACGAAUUGUCCUACGAGUGGAACUUAAAAAGAGGAAAGGUACAAAAACCUUUCCCUGAGUCCCAACCAUUUUUUUGUGAUGCAAAGGGACCAGGAAGACGUAGCAAAUAUACACCAAAAUCAGUACAUCAACUGACCCCUGGGGAUAUUGAUAUCGUAGCAGCUAUGGGUGACUCUUUAACAUCAGGUACCGGGGGCUUAGCUACCAAUAUACUUCAGCUUGCUAUUGAAAACAAAGGUGUUACUACCAUGAUUGGCGGACAGAGUACGUGGCGUAAAUAUCUGACUUUGCCAAAUAUUCUCAAGGAAUUCAAUCCGAAUUUAUACGGCUAUUCGCUAUCAGAUGGAUAUUCCACGGACAGAAGCUCUAAAUUCGAUGUGGCAGAAGUAGGAGGCAUGUCCAGAGACAUACCCUAUGAGGCUAAGGUUUUGAUCAAACGAAUGAGUGCUGAUCGUCGCGUGAAAAUAAAUGAACAUUGGAAGUUGAUAACUCUCCUCAUUGGACCGAAUGAUUUUUGUCAAAACCUUUGUGUCACCAACAAUCCUGAGAAGAUUGUGGGCUACCACGAAAAGGAUUUGAUCAUAGCCCUUCGAAUAUUAAGAGAUAAUUUACCAAGAACAAUGGUAAAUAUAAUUAUCACUCCCAAUUUGAAAAUGAUUAAAAAAUUUCGUGCAACGCCACUAGAAUGUCAUGCGACUCAUCGUUUUGAAUGCCCUUGUUUAUUUGGAUUCCGUUACGAGAGUAAGCUUAAGCGAUACUAUGACAUUAUGGAACGUUGGCAAGAUGUGGCUGUAAAGAUCUCCAACAUGGACGAAUUCAAUAAGGAAGACUUCACUGUCAACGCACAACCAUUCUUGAAGAUGGCCGAACUUCCUACACUUCCGAACGGGAACACAGACUUUACAUAUAUGUCCUUAGAUUGUUUCCACUUGAGUCAAAAAGGAUAUGCAAGAGCUACAAAUGCUUUGUGGAAUAAUAUGAUGGAGCCCGAGGGAAAAAAAUCGAUUUAUUGGAAAAAGGAGUUCACCGAUUUUAAAUGUCCAACUGUGGAUAGACCAUAUCUUGCAACAAAAAACAAUAGCUGACAA